AUGGCAACAGAAACCGUACCGAACCAUGCCAAGACCGAGACAGAGCCAACUGAGUUCAAGAAGAAUCAGAAACGGUACCAAGACCUGAUCUCCACGUUUCCUCACGUGGAAGGCUGGUGGCCGAAAGAGCCCCUGAUUGGGUACGGUGGUCACUGCUACCCAAAGACAGGUACCACUUGGCUUAAAUCACUAGCAUUCGCAAUAGCUAACCGGUCUCGCUUCGAAGACGAUUCCACAAACCCUAUCCUCAAAAGUAACUCUCAUGAGCUCGUUCCUUUCCUCGAGGUGAAGUUCUCUUUUUACCCUCACAUUGGUGUUAUCAAAGAUAAAGGGAACACUCUUUUCGCAACUCAUUUGCCACAUGAGUUAUUACCCGAUUCGGUUGUGAAGUGGGGUUGUAAGAUGGUCUACAUCUGGAGAGACCCAAAGGACAGUUUCAUCUCCUUGUGGCAUUUCUCCCAGAAGAAAAGGUCAGAAAGUGGGGUACUCAAGGGUAUUGAGGAGUGUUUUGAUAUGUUCUGUAAAGGUUUAUCUGUGUACGGUCCUUAUCUUGAUCAUGUCUUGGGAUAUUGGAAAGCUCACCAAGAGAAUCCAAAUCAGAUUUUGUUCCUUAAGUACGAGACUUUGAGUGCUGAUCCUUUGCCUCAUGUGAAGAGAUUGGCUGAGUUCAUGGGUUAUGGAUUCACAGCUGAGGAAGAGAAAAAUGGAGUUGUUGAGAAAGUAGUGAACCUUUGCAGCUUCGAGACGGUGAAGAAUCUUGAAGUUAACAAAGGAGAUGAUAAAGAGAGAGAAGAUCAUCCUUCUCCUUUUCCAAAUAGCGCGUAUUUCAGGAAAGGAAAGAUCGGAGACUGGGAAAAUUAUCUGACUCCAGACAUGGCAGCUCGUAUGGAUGGGUUAAUGCAAGAGAAAUUCAAGGGUACUGGUUUGCUUGAAAAUGGUCACUAA